AUGCAUUUCCAAUUAAGCAAUAACAUACGCCUAUGCCUGCGUACUUCUGCUUGUCUCUGCAUAUGCGUCUUUGUUUCUCCAUUUAAAAACAAAAGAAAAAUGUCAUCACCAUCACCACUAAUAUCACUAACAUUGUUAUCACUGUGCGUUGUCAUCAUCUUGUCAUUGCCAUUGAGCAAUAAUUACCAGUUAUCAACAAGCAGACAUUUACCGCUACGUCUCAGUAACAGAGUAAACAGAGAAAAACGAAGCUAUCAGUUAGAGGAAAGAAUAAGACUACCAACUGGACGAAUUGCCGAAAUACGUAAGAAGCAUGAAGUUGUUAAAGGUGACAGCAGUAAUGUUGACAAUAAUGGCGUUGACGGAGAUGAUGAACUGAUUGAUCAACUUGAUGACUUAGAACUGGCAAUUUUGGCACGAAUUGUGCAGGGCCAAUUGGAUCGAUAUGAUCCUGAUUUACCCGUUGGUGAAUAUCAAAUUGUCAAAUUACCCCGCAAUUUAGUUAGACAACCGAUAUUACCGUAUACAGCGGAUAUCGGUAACAGUGAAAACGAAUUAACCAUGCUUACUAAUGAUCAACGACAAAUUGCACUACCGUUUAUCGAGUUGCCUGAAGAUGACGUUUAUGAAACCGAUGGAGAAAUUGAAGAGGUACCCAAGUAUGUUUUGAUACCAGCAGAGGAAAUGAUCACAGUACCUACCAGUAUGGUCGAAGAGGGCCUGAUACCAAUUGAUGAAGAUGCAUUAAAUGACCUGGAACUACGAGGCAGGAUAGCUGUACUAGCUAAUGCUUUAAAUGAGCGUGCUACUCGGGGCUUAUAA